GGGACGGAGUUGCAAGGAAGCACUCGAGUCGCUCUUCAUUCGUUUAUUUUCCUUUUUGUUUUCGUUAGACAUCGUAUUCGAGGAUACCUUAAGCCACCGGUUCAGUUCACAUCAUGUCCUUCGAUCGUCUUUCGUCGCUAGAAGCCGGAACUUCUUCUGGUGGACCAGGUAUUGGUGCAUCAUACCAUGACGAUCCCGACUUCCAGCGCUUGACGGAGUCUCUGUCAAAUCAAUUAUUUACAUUGACUUCAAACAUAUCCCGAUUGUCAAACCAGAUUGGUCUACUUGGAACAAAGCGUGAUACCGAGCGGGUUCGAGAAAGAAUACAUGAUCUCUUAGAGGAAACCCGGGAUGGAUUUCGAGUAGUUGGCGAAGGGGUGAAGAAGGUUCAGACAUGGGAGGAUAUAACUCCUGCGCAGAAAUGGACACAGCAGAAACUGUCGUCGGAAUUCAAGUCAACUCUUGAAGAAUUCCAAUCCGUUCAACGCCGCGCCCUCGAAAAACAGCGCGCCUCUGCAGCGGCUGCACGGUCAGCUCUUGAGGAAACUGCUGCCGUCGAAUCGCCCCAGGAAGGACAAUCUCUUCAGCAAUUACAGGAGCAACAACCGCGGCUUGCUUCUCAGGAAGAAGUUGAUUUCCAGGAUGCUCUGAUUAUCGAGCGCGAGGCAGAGAUUAGGAAUAUCGAACAGAGUGUGGGCGAACUGAAUGAGCUAUUCCGUGACGUCGCCCACAUUGUCCGGGAACAAGGAGGGCAGCUAGACUUAAUCAGUGAGAACGUGGAGCGAACGAGGGAUGAUACGCGUGGUGCUGAUAGGGAGCUACGAAGUGCUAGCAGGUAUCAGAAAAACGCGAGGAAUAAAGCUUGCUGCCUUCUGCUUAUCCUAGCGAUUGUCCUAGUCAUUAUCGUCCUUGCUGUGACCCUCGGAUGAUACGUUGAAACAUUUCCCCGGGGCCGCCAGUGUUGUAUGGUUAUAUGGGUUCGGCGCUUGCUUUAUGAUUCCCUCUCAGUUGGUCAUCGUUCUCAGCUUAUGAUAAUAGCAGUGUAUUGUUAUGAUUGGUCGAAAUUCUCUAUACAUUUGGUGUUACAUAUCAUACAAUAUCUUUCCUAGUUUCUCAUAAUAAUAAAUAAUAAUCAUACAUGCUUUG